AUGGGAGCAGAACUGCGACGAGCGGACCCAGAAAAAAGGGGGGAGCCAACGAGUCGGUUCGAUUCAUCGCUUGUUGAGCGCCCACCAAUCAGGACCCGUCCCGACAGCCAACCAGCGAUGAAGCCGGGGUGCAAAUUCGGACCGGCUGCACAUAGGAUGAGAGAGCAUGGGCAGAGAAAAAAAGAAAUCGGGGAAAAGGGAAACGACGAAUGGGAAAAGGAGAAUCAGAGGCGAGAAGAACGAAGAAGAGAGCGUAUGGUCGAGGCGGAAAAGGAAGGACUCUGCCAAAAGAACGUACAAAUCGGAUUCGACCAUUUAAAAACGGACCGGACCUUCGCCCUGGCUCUCCCGCACAAUUGGAAGGAUGGAGAAAGUAAUCGUAGUGACCGAGCGGAGAGAUUGCGGGCAACAGGGAGAGUGCGGGAAUUCGUCCGUGACAGCCGGCCCGCUUUUUCACCCACAGGCACCAACGGACGCCCAAACGAAUGGAGGGGAGCGGACGCCGACUUCGAAGGCCGCCUCUCCUCCGGGCAUGCGGUCUUUUCGCCGCGUCUCUCCUAA